AUGCCACGGGCCGCCACCCCAUUCAAGGAAACCGGAAACCUCGGAUUCCAAACAUCCCAAAAAGAGAUACUCCAACUAGUUCAAGGACAUUCUCGUAGCGAUAAUCACCGCCUCUGAGUUAAAGUACAGCUGAGGAGUUGUUUUCAGCUCAAUUGUCGUCAUCUUUGCAAACCGGCAUACACACCUGAUUUCCGCGGAUCCGUGGAGGAACCGGUGUUUAAUGAGGUUAAAAUUCAAAUGUUCAGUCGUGAGCUUCAAUCCGCUUUGUUCGGUUCAGUCAUAUCGGAAUACGGCCCUCCUCCACGUGCUGUUUCAGCCGAGUUGGAGGCUCAUGGAAUCAAAUUACAGCAGCCACACUCUACCAGACCUCCAAUACGCUUUCCCCUACCUCAACUUCAUGGAGCUGAUAUAAAAGAACAUGUGUAUCAUGUAGCCGAGGAAAUGAUACAACCCUAUAUUCACCUGCUUUCCUCUUUCCCAUCUCAGCCUCCACCGUUCCCGGAUCAUUGGAGCACCAGUCCCGGUUGGACCAGAUAUUUUCACGGACAUUCUUGUCCCGUCAAUGUUCCCUCAGAGGAUGUUCUCUUUUUCGAUACCGAGGUAAUUUUGGCCGAAGGUAACGCUCCGACAAUGGCUGUCGCCCUUUCACCUAUCGCCUGGUAUUCCUGGGUAUCACCGACACUAUCACCAGCCGCCUGUGAUCCCAAACCACCCGAGGCACUCAUUCGACUGUCCACUGACCUGAAUCGAAUCAAAUGUGUGAUCGGUCAUUUUGUCAGUUUUGAUCGUGCCCGCAUCGAGGAAGAGUAUUUACCACAUGUAAUGCCUAGUUUCAACCAUGUGAUUUGCCCACAAUUCCCAUCCAUCAAUAUAGGGUACAAAGACGCGAUUUGUGGACACACUGGCGUUACAUGUGGCCGUAUCGGGGCUCACGAAUUUCCGCAUCCAGCCACACUGUACGGUUUGUUGGAAAUGGGCAGUAUGUACUUACCUGUCUCGGAUGCUUGGACGGAAUUUCAGAAUCGGGCGGAUCAAGCAUUUGAGGACAAUGAACGCCGACAGCGAUCAUUACUUAUGCAGUUAGCUAAUCAAGCUCUAGAGCGAUACAAUCGACCGGACGCAGAGUACAAGACGGAAGCAGAAAAAAAGUUGGCCAAACUUCCAAAAUGGUAUCGCGAAUUGAUUCCAAAACCAAUCAAAGAAAACGUGGAUGCCGGACCGUGUUUACUGACAGCCCAGAUGCGGAUCGCCCCCAAGCUACUUCGUUUGUGCUGGCAAGGUUUACCGAUUCAUUUCGAUCAGGAACUGAAAUGGGGAAUCUUGAUUCCUGGUCGCGCUCCGCAACCUUAUGGAGAUCCACGAUACUUUGAAGACACUCCUUCGGAGCCAAUGGUCGAGGACGGGAAAACCACGGAACCCACCGCGCAGUUCAAAAUGCUCACUCACCAAGUUCGUGCACUGAUUCCCGUGCGCAAACGGUCAGCCGCCGGAGAGACCGAGCUGCUAUUUCCCUACCGAGUUUAUUUGGAUUACUGGCUAGCCGAAAUGAAGCGCAAACUGCUCAACCUCACCGGUACUCCAGACAAACUUGGUGUGGAUUCAACACUGGGUUCCGCCUACGCACAACGCGCUGUCCCAGACAGCCGAGACGAUCAACUGAUGCACGAGUUGCAACGAAGUAUCGAGGCCAUGCCUUUGGAAUAUGCCGAUCGAGUACGUUUGAUCACAACUAUAGCAGCUAUCCGAGAUGUCGGCGCGAAGAGCGCAUCGAAAGAAAUGGAAAAUCGGCGGUUAGCUUGGGGUUCCCCCCGUGGAACUGCACGUGGACCCGCUUUCUGGUCAGACGCGAAACGUUACGAGCGCACUGAAUCAGUCGUUGCCGACAAAAAGGCACGAUCAAGGCGCCGGGCUGGUGGAACCCAUGCAAUGGCUGUGGAUACUGUGAAUCCGAAUAUACCCUGCUGUUGGUUUUGCCAUCUGCCUCACGAGUCAGCGAUUGAGAAGAUUAAACGAAAUGUUAACAUCUGGCGAUAUUUGUCUUCUUUCCGUAUUGAUGAAAUGGAUGUAGGGGAGUUGUCAAUCCAGCCUAGUAGUCCGGUGAUGGUGUUCCCGUUGGCUCUCCGCUGUCACGAGCCUUUCAAAGCCAUGUCGCCGCAAACCGUUUGCACAGUGCCGAGCUACUUUCCGAUUCCACCAACUCACCUCCAAGCGAUAGGUCCGAAUCAGUCGGUCUGGCUACGCAACUUCUUCGUGAUCGUAUUCACGCCACCUUCUGGCAAAGUUAUUCAAAAAGAGUAA